GUUUGCAUCUGUUUCGGAUAUGUUCGGGAGCUUUCGACAUGGUCGGUAACGGUCGUUGUGUUCAAAUCUUCAGAGCUACUUCUGGCCUGGAUACUGAAAUAAGAAAGGAACUGAAGAAAGAGGGAAACAAAAAACAGUGGACGAGAGAAGGAGCCUGACAACGGAAUGACGGUGCUGCAGGAACCUGUUCAGGCUGCUGUUUGGCAUGCACUAAACCACUAUGCCUACAGAGAUGCCGUGUUCCUGGCCGAGAGACUAUAUGCUGAAGUGCAUUCAGAGGAGGCCCUCUUUCUGUUAGCCACAUGCUACUAUCGUUCGGGAAAGGCCUACAAGGCAUACCGCCUUCUCAAGGGGCACAGCUGUACAACGCCACAAUGCAAAUACCUCCUCGCCAAGUGCUGUGUGGAACUGAGCAAGCUUGCAGAGGGAGAGCAGAUCCUGACAGGCGGGGUCCUGAACAAACAGAAGAGCCAGGAGGACAUCGUCACAGAGUUUGGAGACUCUGCCUGUUUCACAUUGUCCCUAUUGGGGCAAAUCUAUUGCAAAACGGAUCGUCUGGCCAAAGGUUCUGAAUGUUAUCAGAAGAGCCUGAGUAUGAAUCCUUUCCUGUGGUCUCCCUUUGAGUCCCUCUGUCAGAUCGGCGAUCGGCCGGACCCAGAGCAGAUCUUCAGACUGACGUCCCUGCAGUUCUUUAGCGGUGGGAGUGGAGCCCCUCCCCUGUUCCCUAUCAGCCCUGCCCACACACCAAGCCACAACAUGCCCCACCGCCAGGUGGACACGGUGCUCAUGGAGACGCCCCAGGACACCUUAGAAUUAAACAGACUGAACCUGGAGUCUUCCAACUCAAAGUACUCGUCUCUGAACACAGACUCCACCAUGUCCUACAUCGACUCGUCUGUCAUCUCCCCGGACACCGUAGGGCCUCUGGGUACAGGCAGCUCCCUGCUAUCCAAACAAGUGCAGAACAAACCCAAGAGUGGGCGCAGUCUACUGGGGGGACCGGCAGCACUCAGCCCCCUAACGCCCAGUUUUGGAAUCUUGCCCCUGGAGCCCAGCCCAGGGGACCCCUUGUAUCUGCAGAACUACUCUCACAGUGGCUCGGGGAUGGAGCCACCCCCUCCCGGAGUCCCACCAAAGAAGUCUGUAGCGAGAAUCAGCCAGCCGGGGACAAAGUCGGUGUUUGCACAGAGUGGCAACAGCAGGGAGAUCAUCCCUAUCUCCUUCAACCAGACUCAGACCACUGCCCCCCCACAGACCAGUACUACGCCUCAAGUGCUGAGCCCCACAAUCGCUGCUCCCCCCAACGUGCAGCCCAGACGGAGCUCCAGACUCUUCACCAGUGCCAGCUCUACUGCCAAGGAGAAUAGCAAGAAGCUGAAAAUGAAGUUCCCCACCAAAAUCCCCAACCGGAAGACCAAGUCAAAAAUGGGCAAGGGAGGCAUCACCCCAUCCAACCUGAACGAGAGCAUUGAGAUCCUCAAGUUGGACUCGUCCAUGACAGACGGGAAAGUCAGUAUGGGCUCUCCUCAGUUCCAGGCCUUCAGUCUGCAGAAGGCUGCUGCAGAUGGCCUCAUGUCGCUGAUGCGAGACAUCGGCCGGGGGUACCUGGCCCUCUGCUCUUACAAUUGUAAGGAAGCUAUCAGCAUCCUGAGCCAGCUGCCCUCCCAUCACUACAAUACAGGGUGGGUCCUGGGACAGAUCGGCAGGGCCCACUUUGAGCUGGCCGAAUACAUGCAGGCGGAGAGGAUCUUCUCAGAGGUGCGGCGCAUCGAGAGCUACCGGGUGGAGGGCAUGGAGAUUUACUCCACCACCCUUUGGCACUUGCAGAAGGACGUGGCCCUGUCGGCCCUGUCCAAAGACCUCACCGACAUGGACAAGAAUUCACCAGAGGCAUGGUGCGUGGCUGGUAACUGUUUCAGUCUGCAGAGGGAGCAUGACAUAGCCAUUAAGUUCUUCCAGCGUGCCAUCCAGGUGAACCCGGGCUUUGCCUACGCCUACACGUUGCUAGGCCAUGAGUUUGUCCUCACAGAGGAGCUGGAGAAGGCUCUGGCCUGCUUCCGUAACGCCAUCAGAGUCAACACACGCCACUACAAUGCCUGGUAUGGCUUGGGGAUGAUCUACUAUAAGCAGGAGAAAUUCAACCUGGCAGAGAUUCACUUCAAGAAGGCACUUAGCAUCAACCCUCAGAGUUCUGUGCUCCUCUGCCACAUCGGAGUGGUUCAGCAUGCACUGAAGAAGUCUGACCAUGCUUUAGAAACCCUGAAUAGAGCGAUCAACAUAGACCCCAAGAACCCUCUAUGCAAAUUCCACAGGGCCUCCAUCCUCUUCGCUAAUGAAAAGUACAAGGCGGCUCUUCAAGAGUUGGAAGAGCUGAAACAAAUAGUGCCCAAAGAGUCCCUUGUUUACUUUUUAAUAGGAAAGGUGUAUAAGAAGCUGGGCCAGACCCACUUGGCAUUGAUGAAUUUCUCCUGGGCAAUGGACCUGGAUCCCAAAGGAGCCAACAAUCAGAUCAAAGAGGCCAUAGACAAGAGGUACCUCCCUGACGACGAGGAGCCUGUCACUGAGGACUACCCCUAUGACUCAGCAGCUGAGGUGGAGGAGUCGCAGGAGAGCAGUAUGACCGACGCAGAUGACACACAGCUCCACACUGCCGAGAGCGACGAGGUCCUGUAACUCACCUGACCCUACCCCUCCACCCCGACCCGACCCCUCUUUUGGACUUAAAAACCAUGCCAACCUGGAGCCAACCGCUGGACUCCAGUAUUAAAGAGGAAGAGGAAAAAAAGGAAAACAAACUGCUGCUAAUACAGUACCUCCGAUUUAUUUUCAUCAUCUGCUAUUUCUUGGUUUCGUUUUCUUCUACCCCUACACACACCACUACCACCACCAUCCUCGUCCUUCUCCUGUCAUGCCUUAGUCCUCACUGGCUUAUCAUUCUCGUCGGCUCCCAUGCAGCCAUGUGUGGACGUUUUUUUUUUUUUUCUGGUUUGUUUUUCCUAGAAUACCUCAUCAGCACCACAUCGCCCCAUCAGUGCUGAUUUUGAAUGUCCUGUCCAUCAUUGAAAGACAUCACUUUCGCUUCUUUUAGGUUUGGAGCGCUGCGCUCAUGCCCACGGAAGAACAAUAAACAACAAACAUUCAUGGAAGUUCCUGUCUUAAUGUUUAGGUUUUUUUUUAUGUUCUUCAUCAGCUUUACUCUGAAUAAACACUUGUGUUAUAGCCUGUAAC